UACCCAAACCCAAAAGCCCAGCCCCUUUCGGGCCUGGAUUGUCAUUUUCAUUGCAUCCCAUGAAUCUCUGCUCUUCAACUAAACCCAAGAAGAAACCUCGUAUUCAUUUUAUCUCUGAAUCGAAUACUACACUACACUUCAAGGGUUCACAGUGACUUGGCGAGAAUCAUGUUUUUGACCAGAGUAUUUGGGAGGGCACUCUGCACUGCUGCUAAAUCUGAAAGUUCAGCUGCGGCUGCUGCUUCUAUGGCUAGGAUGGGGCAUAACCCACUUGAGGAGUUUUUCGAGACUGAUAGAAGCCCGGAUGAGGACAAACCGAUUGUUUAUGGUCGGAGUUGGAAGGCCUCUGAACUACGUCUCAAAUCUUGGGAUGAUCUCCACAAACUAUGGUAUGUUCUGCUGAAGGAGAAAAACAUGUUGAUGACUCAACGCCAGAUGCUUAAUUCACAGAAUUUAAGGUUUCCUAAUCCAGAGCGUAUUCCCAAGGUAAGGAAGUCCAUGUGCCGAAUCAAGCACGUCCUAACUGAGAGAGCAAUUGAAGAUCCAGAUCCGAGGAGAUCUUCUGAGAUGAAAAGGUUGAUAAAUGCUUUGUGAUUAGCUUUGGGUCCUGGCUCAGCUGUAGUUAGGAUUGUGUAGCCAGUUAUGCUACAUUUGUUUCUUCUGGGAUUUGAAGGAGGCCCAGAGAUUAGUUAUUCAAGAAUCAUUGUACCAGCUUGUGAACGAAAUGUCUCUUUCCUUGUAUAAGAAGAGAAGAUUCAUUAUA